AUGCGCCCGCCGGCCGGGGUCGCGCUGGGGCUGCUGCUGCUGCUGCUGCUGCUGCCGUCGCCGCCGCCGUCGGGCGCCGCCGAGCCCAGGCCGUCGCGCUGCCAGAGCUGCCGGGCGCUGGUGGGCAAGUUCAGCCAGGGCAUGGCCGACACGGCCAAGAAGAACUUCGGCGGCGGCAACACGGCGUGGGAGGAGAAGCGCCUGGCCAAGUACGAGUUCAGCGAGGUCCGCCUGCUGGAGAUCGUCGAGGGCCUGUGCGGCGGCGGCGACUUCGAGUGCAACGCGCUGCUGGAGGAGAACGAGGAGCACCUGGAGGCCUGGUGGCGGCGGCUGCAGAAGCAGCACCCCGACCUGUUCGAGUGGUUCUGCGUGCGGACGCUGCGAGUCUGCUGCUCCCCGGGAACCUACGGGCCGCAGUGCCUGGAGUGUCCCGGCGGCUCCCAGCGGCCCUGCAGCGGGAAUGGGCGCUGCGGCGGAGACGGCAGCCGGCAAGGGGACGGCGUCUGCCAGUGCCACGCGGGCUACAAGGGGGAGCUGUGCCUGGACUGCAGCGACGGCUACUUCAGCUCCCUGCGCAACCAGACCCACAGCGUGUGCACAGGCUGUGACCAGUCGUGUAAGACCUGCACAGGCCCCACCAACCAGGACUGCAGCCAGUGCGAAGUGGGCUGGGAGCGCAAGGGCGAAGCCUGCCUGGACGUGGACGAGUGUGUGGUUAAGUCCCCGGCCUGCAGCGAGCGUCAGUUCUGCCUGAACACGAACGGCUCCUUCUCCUGCGAAGACUGCGACUCCACCUGUGUGGGCUGCACAGGGAAGGGCCCUGAGCACUGUAAAGAGUGUAUCUCCGGCUAUGUGAAGGAUGAAGGUGGCAAGUGUGCAGAUGUGGACGAGUGCGCCCUGGCCGAGAAGGUGUGCCAGCGGCGGGAUGAGAACUGCUACAACACGCCCGGGAGCUUCGUGUGCGUGUGCCCAGAUGGCUAUGAGGAGACGGAUGACGCCUGCGUGCCGACCCCCACGCCGGCCACGGGGACCGAGACCCCAGGAGAAGGUGGAUCGGCUCCCCGGGAAGACCUGUGACUGUAGCCCGGAGUUUGCCGGGAGUUUCUGUUCCGGACAGCGGCCUCGCCUAUUUUGAUACUGUUCUUUAUAAUAAAGCAAGCAUAGGGGUCAGGCCGGA